AGUAAGUGGACGGUAUAUGUAUAUAAAUUUUAAGUAUCAAAAGUUAAGUGAUUCUAAAAUGUUGUUUCGGAGUAUUUUGUUGGCUGCUCUUUUGGUCGCGGUUAGAGGUGAGCAAAGAAUUGCAGGGGGCGUUGUGGCUGAUAUAACAAAGUAUCCAUUCGCGGCAGCCCUGCUCACCAACGGCGGCUCUGGUGAUUUCGUGCAGGAGUGUGGCGGCAGCAUCAUCUCUAACACAGCCAUCCUUUCGGCUGCCUCUUGUUUCCACAGCAACGGAGAGCUUCACAACGCACUCUGGUGGCGCGCACGAGUCGGAUCCUCGUCGUCAAUAGCAAGUGGUUUCAUCCACUUAAUCAACCGUAUCACAGUUAAUCCUAAUUUCAAUCAAAUAACGAAUGUCCACGACCUGGCUGUGUUGCGGCCAUCGGUAGCUCUGGCGUGGCGAGAUGGUGUUCAACCGGCUCCUAUCGCUGGAAUGGCCUAUACUCUUUCAAAUCAACAGAGUGUACAGGCUAUCGGAUGGGGAAGAACUUGGGUUGCGGGUAGCAACUCGCCUCUGCUGAGGGAGGUGGAUAUCUUCGUUGUAGAUCAGACAAUCUGCGCCGAACGUUAUAGUGAUCUCGACUUCGCCGUCACUGAGGACAUGGUGUGCGCUGGCUUUCUAGACGUAGGCGUCCGAGGGCAGUGUCAGGGCGACAAAGGUAGCCCCUUGGUGGUUGACGGUGUCGUCGUGGGAGUGAAGUCAAGAUCCGAAAGUUGCCCCGAUCCUACGUACCCCGCGAUCAAUAUGAAAGUAGCGUCGUAUACAAGGUGGAUCGUUUCAGCAGCCAUCGCAGACUAAAAGAUCCCACAUCUUCAAAUACUACAAUGAGGAAUCAUCCCAAUUGUCUUUUGCAUAUAUGUUUUUGAAAUAUUUUUUUAAGAAUAUUUGUUAUUUAGGUCUGCGCCUAUCCGUAGAAUCCGUUGGUAGGCUUAAAAUUCGCGCAGCCAAAAAAUAGGCGUAGGCGUCUUUGCUGUCAAAAUAACUAAUUCAAUAAUUAAGUACGUUGGCAUAUUUGUGGUUUUUAUAAUAAAUAGACAUUUACUUCACGAUUCACAGCAUUAAUUCGAA